GGCCCUGCAAACAGGAAGUUGCAUGCACUACGACUACGACGUUGUUUUUUCCUCACACAUCGACUUUCUUUCACCUGCAGAAAAUAGCAAACAUUGCGUAUUUGUCUUCUUGUCUUCUAAACGUACGAUCUCAAAAUGAAGCAGAACUCUAAUGUCCCUGCCUUCCUUACCAAGCUUUGGACUCUGGUUGAAGAUGCUGAUACAAAUGAAUUUAUUUGUUGGAGUCAGGAGGGCAACAGUUUCCUGGUACUGGAUGAACAGCGCUUCGCUAAGGAAAUCCUUCCAAAGUUCUUUAAGCACAAUAACAUGGCCAGCUUUGUAAGACAGCUGAAUAUGUAUGGAUUCCGUAAGGUGAUGCACAUUGACACAGGCAUUGUGAAGCUGGAGCGAGAUGGGCCAGUGGAGUUCCAGCACCCCUACUUCAAACAUGGUCAAGACGACCUGCUGGAGAACAUCAAGCGCAAGGUGUCUAACUCAAGGCCAGAGGAUGGGAAGACCAGGCAGGAGGACCUGGCCAAGAUCCUGGCCAACAUGCAGAACGUCCAGGGGAAGCAGGAGAGCAUUGACUCCAGACUGGCCACCCUGAAGAGGGAGAAUGAAUCUCUGUGGAGGGAGAUAUCUGACCUGAGACAGAAACACUUGCAUCAACAGCAGCUCAUCAAGAAGUUGAUCCAGUUCAUCGUCACCCUGGUUCAGAACAACCGCUUUUUAAACCUGAAGCGCAAGAGGCCUCUCCUGAUGAGCACCAACGGGAAGAAGCCCAAAUACAUCCACCAGAUCUAUGAGGAAGACAUGGACCUCAACAAGUCCUCCGUCAACGGCAUCAACGGCUCCGAGAUUACAGACGAUGUCAUCAUAUGUGAUGUCACAGACGAGGACGCAGAGAUUGCCGAGGAGACGUCCAGAGUUCUGGAUCAAGGGGAUGUGGAGAUUAUCGAGGUGGACUUUGACGGCGGGGUGGUCCUCCUCCCAGACGCAGACACCCAGGCAGACGUGGACCUCCUCAGCAACGGAGCCGGUACCAACUCGGAGGAGACGGCCCUGCAGACCGACUUCUGCUACACCGGAGGAGGUCUGGGUCCAGAGGAGGCCGCCGCCUCCUCCUCCAGAGAGCAGGCGGGCGGCAGUCUGCCCACCAGUAGUGCCCUGCAGCUGAACAAGCCGUCGGCCCUGAGCCUGGAGGACCCGGUCAAGAUGAUGGACUCCAUUCUGAACGAGAGCGGAGCCAUCUCCCAGAACAUCAACCUGCUGGGGAAGGUGGAGCUCAUGGACUACCUGGACAGCAUUGACUGUAGUCUAGAGGACUUUCAAGCCUUGCUUUAUGGAAAACAGUUCAGCAUUGACCCAGACCUGCUGGAGAUUUUCAGUUCUAAUUGUCCAACCAGUUUGCAUGAUGGCUGCUUCUGCUCCCCCACAGAAGAGACCGACGUCUCUAAAGGGACCCUAGAGCAGCUAGCCAGAGCACACAACACAGAGGAGACACCAGCCGACAAGCAGCUGAUCCAGUACACCUCCUGCCCCCUGAUGGCCUUCCUGGACGGCUGCGCCCCCCUGCCCUCCGAUGCAGACGCCCUCCCCUGCCUGGCGGGCCAGCUGGAGCUGGAGUCAGAUAGCCUGCUGGCCCAGCCCCUCCUCUCCGACCCUUCAACCUCCCCCCUGGAGGAGCAGCCCUCCACAGACCUGCUGGAGCCCAUCCUGGACACAUCCAGCCCGCCCCGCAGCUCCCUCAUCCGCCUGGAGCCCCUGACGGAGGCUGAGGCCUGUGAGGCCACGCUCUUCUACCUGUGUGAACUCCCCCCCCAGGGGGCUGGCACAGACCCCACCCAGCUGGAUGUGUAAGCCAAUGAGGAGCCUUGGGGUGGGUGAGGAAACAGGGGAAGGCGGGGCCUGGUCCUGGACGAGGAAGUUCCUUCACUGACGUGUGUUGAAGGCCUGGACGUGGCUUGGUCAGUGCCCAGGGUAGCAGCCCCUGGAGAUGGUGCUGGUGAGGAAGAAGAGUCGACGGAAGAGGAGAAGAAAGGACUGAACCUCUUGUAUAUACUCGUCAAAAUGAUGAUUUACCGUUUGCUUCUAUCUUACUUUGGUACAUAACCUACAUUUCUAUUCCCUCUUUGCACACACACAACAAUCAUACAAUAACACAUACAACAUAUACACACUGACAAGUGGAAGGUACAGAACCACUUAUUCCAUCCUUUAUCAGUUGGCGGUCCAGUAUCCCUCCGCCAGUGUAGUUAAAUGUGCUUCCACGGUGAAAAGUAGAGCUGUGACUACUUAGGAGAGGUGUUGAUAAUGAUCAUUGUUGUCUUUGUGUUCCAUUAUCUCUUCUAAAGAAGUGUUUCUUUUGAGGUCUUGAUUUUCUGCACCUGGUCAUAUAUGUUAAGGAAGACUGUGGAGCCGUGGAGCUGUCCUUAUUCUACGAGAACAGAAGUGCUUGCAUUGUAUCUCCCACUGUAUUUAUCUAUAAACUGUCUCCACAAUUCCAGCUACUGUUGUGUAACGUACUGGUGUGUGUAAGUUCACUUGUAUCAUUACACUGGUGUGAUUCAGCAUCUGUGAGCUUCUUGUCAGUUUAUAGGCUUGGCAAUAAAACAUGUUGAGUU